AUGGCAUGGGUGGAUCUGAAGGAUAAACGUGUAGCCGUCAUUGGUACUGGUGCUUCUGGUGUGCAAAUUGUACAGGAGGUUGGACCUGUAGCCAGUGAGCUGAAGGUUUUCCAACGCACACCGAAUCUGGCAGUACCAAUGGGCAAGCGAAAUCUCACUCCAGAGGAGCAGAACGGCGAUAAGAACUGGUAUUACCGCCUAUAUGAGCUACGGGAGAAGUGCUUUGGUGGCUUCUUCUACGGAAUGUACGAGAGAAACACAUUUGAUGACACGCCUGAGGAACGGGAAUCAUUCUACCGGAAGCUAUGGGACCAUGGUGGCUUCCGAUUCUGGUUGGGAAACUACAAAGACGUAAGUAAUGGAUAA